AUGAUAGAUGGGCUAUGGUUAAAUGCUUUUGGAAAUAUUUCGGACCAUGGAGGGGAUGAAGAAACCGAUGUUACGGCUGAUGGCUGUUGUGGCAUUCAACUGGGUGGCCUUGUUCUGGUUCUUCUGGGGCUGAAGAAACCGAUGUUACGGCUGAUGGCGGUUGUGGCAUUCAGCUGGGUGGCCUUGUUCUGGUUCUUCUGGUACAUCUCUGAUUGGAUGGAGAGCGAGGUGUACAGUGGAGAACAUGGAAAGCUUUACUCUAUUGCAAUACCAUUUUAUACCAUAGGCUACUGGUAUGGAGCUCGGUGUCUUAUGCUAACUUGGACGGUUACGGGUCUUAUGUCCUUGGCUGUGGAGCCCAUUGGGCGAGCGCUUGGUGGCGCCAAGAACCUUUGGGCAGCUGGAAAUUUUAUUCUUGUUGGUGGCUUCGCUAUGAUGCUUUACAUCAACAAGCUAGCUCAGGACGAGCGCCUCAAGUGCAAUGAUUUAACCUUUACUCGUGAGCCCUCCAACGGCAUUCAGGCUUGGGUCUUGCAAUUUUUCAGCGUUCUUCGCAUUUCCUUUACGAUAACAUUGAGUGUCGCGCCUGCACUACCAUCCAUCUACUCAAACGAGAGUGGUGCAGGAAAAGUGAGAAAUGAACUGGAUUACUUCGCCGUCUUCUGUAGAAGAUUCGAUGAUAUGUUGCCAUUCACGGUGACAAAAGCAUGCCACGGGCUCUGCGCAAAUGUGAAAACCUUAUCAAUUUUCUCGAUCCAUCUUCUUCUAUUCUUGAUGGCUGUGGCUCUGUCUUACGUCCAAGACAAGCUGGCAUUACCUGAGGAGGAGUCACGUGAGAGGGAAGAGGAAGAUGAUAGACGGACAGUGGUUAAAUACUUCUGGAAAUAUUUUGGACCAUGA